AUGUCGGACGCCAAGGACAAGAGCGCCAACCCCAUGCGCGAGAUGCGCAUCCAGAAGCUCGUGCUGAACAUCUCCGUCGGCGAGUCUGGUGACAGACUGACCCGUGCCGCUAAGGUUCUGGAGCAGCUGAGCGGUCAGACCCCCGUCUACUCCAAGGCCCGUUACACCGUCCGUACCUUCGGUAUCCGUCGUAACGAGAAGAUCUCCGUCCACGUCACCGUCCGUGGCCCCAAGGCUGAGGAGAUUCUCGAGCGUGGCCUCAAGGUCAAGGAGUACGAGCUCCGCAAGCGCAACUUCUCGGAGACCGGUAACUUCGGAUUCGGUAUCUCCGAGCACAUCGAUCUGGGUAUCAAGUACGACCCCGGUAUUGGUAUCUACGGAAUGGACUUCUACGUUUGCAUGACCCGCCCUGGUGAGCGUGUUGCUAAGCGUCGCCGCUGCAAGUCCUCCAUUGGUGUUAACCACAAGAGUAAGCAAUGCCUCUGUUGA